AUGGAGUCUAUUGCGAUUAAAAACAAAUUGAAGCAGUCUAAUGCUGAACUAAACGAUUUAUUGUCGAAUCUGUACGGUAUUACAUCUUCAAUUGAAGAGGAUCCUGCAUUGUUGUUACCUGUUGAUGUCGACGUGCAAAACCAGCGCUCUUUAACUGAAUUGAAACAGCGGGAUUCAGAACUUACUAAAUCUUUGAAUCAGCUUUUGAAGUUAAAAGAGGUUUCUCAAGCUGCAACUGCGUUUACUCAGGACAUUGAAAGGAACAAAUUACAUGAGGCAGUAAAAGGGUUACAGCAUAUUAAACAAAAAGUAAGACACGUUGAUAUUUCAAGUGAGGGUCUAAGGUUUGAACAGGCUCUUUCAAGCUAUAUUCAUGAGCUGCAUUCAGGCUUGAUUACAAAAUUUGAGGAAUUGCUUGUCAAGUUUUGCAGGAUAACUGAUAAUGAAAUAACGUUUACAAAGCAAAUUAAAGAGGGUGGAUUAGAUACCCUUACCUACGAAGAUGUUGCAAAUGUUUUCUGCACCAACCUUGUUACAGGUAAUGCUAUAAACCUUGAUUCCUGGAUAUUUGGUGAUUUAAAUAUUGAAGACUUGAAAGAGGAUAUGCAGACGCGCGUCGUAGACUGCUAUGAGAAGUACAUCAAAUUUAAGCCAGUGAUUGAAUACAUCAAGAUAUUCUUAAGAAAGGAAAACGUUGCCUUCACACUUGAACAGGAUACGCUAAUCAUCAAAGAGGAAGAUGUCGACCCAAAAAGGAAGCUAGAAAGCUAUCAAGCAUUGGUGGAUUUCCUAUUAAAUAUAUUUAGUCCUUUGGCUUCAAACCAAGUAAUAGCUGCUCUUGGUCCUGAGCUUAUAAAUGAAUUGACUAGGCUUCUCAAACAAAACUCGAAAAUUUUCCUUUCAAAUGACUCUCACUAUAAGCCGCAAUUGUCUGAGCUGAAUAAAUCUCUGAUAAAACUCAGUUCAGCCGAUAAAAGUACUUGGAAAUACGAUGGCGAAGCUAUUGGAAAGUUACUAAAGGGAAACGACGUUUACAUGAACUUGGAGUUUGAUCAGCUUUUGCAACAACAAAUUGAGAGCAUUAGAGGGUUUUUCAAGGACGACUCGUGGUCUGAACUAACCGAGGCGGAGACACCGACAAAUCCUGAAAGCGAAAAAGUAGAGAAAUCUUCCGUGGGUACUAAAUUAUCCUCUAAAACUACUACUAAUGAAUGGGAAUGGAAUGAAGACGAUAACGAUGACGGUUGGGCUGAAGAAUUUGAUGUCAACAUAGAUACCGCCGAGGAAAAGCCCAUUACAAAAGCCAAAGCUAAAAUAGAUGAUAAAAAAAGUGCUGAAGGAUGGGACGAUAUGUGGGAUGAUGAAAUUAUUGAUGUUGCCUCUACUAGUGAGAAAACGCAAAUAACGCAAAUCCCUAUAAAGUUCCAAAACAUUCUGAAGACGUUCCAAGAAGGAUGUGAGAAACUCGAUAAAGAUGUCAUUGGCAGUAGCUAUACAUACAAGUUCAAUUUACUGCAAACAUCUUUCUUUGCUAUGUGCAUGUGCAAAUACCAAAAAUGGUGGAUUCUGGUUAACGAUAUUGAAUACAUUCUUACUCAACAGCGCGAUAACUCGCUUGAUCAAUUGGCCUCACUGCUUGCGAGGUACAUUGAAAACCAAAUUACCAAUAUGCAGAAAGUUUCCUUUAAUAUUUUAAAGAAGCAGUUACAGACUAUGAAAACCUCUGAAAAACAGCCAGACUUUAAACCAAUCACAGAAUCAUUACUACCUUUUCUCCAGUCAGAAGCAUUUCCAGCUUUAUGCAAUCUAGGACAGCCGCAAUACUGCUUGGACUUCUUGGGUUUCUUAUACAACGACUGUAUUAUCAAUCAGAUCUUGAAGUGGGAUAUUAUUUCUGAGAGGAAUUCAGAAAACUUAUCGCAGUUGAUUCAAUUAAUAUAUGAUAGCACUAAGAUAUCUUAUUUGCAUAACAAUAAUGACUAUAGGCAUUACAGGACUAAAUUGGCCAUUGUGGCGCGUGUCAUGACAGUACAUCUUAAAGAUAUUAUGGAAAUGUUCUACAAUGGAGAUUUUUUCCUAUUUUCGACUGAAGAAAUCACUAGUUGGAUAGUACUGUUAUUUGCCGAUACUACGAUGAGAAGAGACUGUAUUUUUGAGGUGAAGACUAUCAGAGAAGAGUCUGAACAGUAA